AUGGAGGAGCCCUCUGUUCCCUUUGCAGAGCUAUUGGGCGUCCGGCACUUCAGCAUGCGCACCCUCAACUACAGCACCCUGCUGCUGGAGGACGACCGGGGCAUCCUCUACGUGGGCGCCAGGGGAGCCAUCUUUGCCCUCAACUCCAGUGACGUGGCCGAUGGCUCCCACCGCACGGAUGCCGACAGGUUCACGUUGCCGUCCCACUUUGAGGAAGGCAAGGAGAAGUGCCCGUACGACCCUGCCCGUGGCUACACCGGCCUCAUCGUGGGUAAGCAGCACCUUUCCCAGGGCUGGCGGACACAUUGCAUCACGGACCACUCCCGCAGGAAGGGCUACAACUCCUCGCAGGACCUGCCCAACAGCGUCCUGGACUUCGUCAAGCUGCACCCGCUCAUGUUCGAGGAGGUGAAGCCGGCCAGCGGGGAGCCGCUGCUGGUGAAGAAGAGCGUGGUGUACAGCCAGCUGGCCGUGGACAGGGUGCGGGCCCUCAACGGCCGCUCCUACGAUGUGCUCUUCAUGGGGACGGGGGACGGCUGGAUCCACAAGGCCGUGGUGGUGGGCUCUGGCAUCCACAUCGUGGAGGAGGUGCAGGUGUUCAGGGACCCCCAGCCCGUGGAGAGCCUGGUGAUCUCCCAUGCCCAGUCUCCACCUCUCGCUCCGCGUCCCCCAGAUGCUGAGUUCGUGGCCUCCGUGCUGGUCCGGGAGAGCAAGGACAGCCCUGUGGGCGACGAUGACAAAAUCUACUACUUCUUCAUGGAGCGGGCGGGUGAGGAGACCACGUCCUUCUUCGACAAGAGCCAGGUGGCCCGAGUAGCCCGGGUGGCCCGUGUCUGCAAGAGCGACGUGGGGGGGAAGAAGAUUCUGCAGCGCAAGUGGACAUCCUUCAUGAAGGCGCGUGUGGUCUGCUACAUCCCCUACUACGAGGUGCUGCGCAGCAUCUGCAGCCUGGACGGGGGCAGCUGGGCCAGCGCCGUCUUCUACGCCGCCUUCACCCAAUCGGCGCAGUGGACCAUGGAGGCCUCAGCCGUGUGCCGCUACAGCAUCUCGGCGGUGCAGCACGCCUUCGAGGGCCCCUACAUGGAGUACCAGGACUCGGCUCGCAAGUGGUCUCGCUACGACGGGGACCCCCAGCCGCUGCCGCCGGCCCCCAGCACCCCUUACACGCUUUUCAUUGACAAGACGACGGGCAGCUUCCUGUGCACGGCCACCCUGGCCGAGGGCACCUGGCAGGACUUCCAGGCCAACGUGGAGCUGCGGCACCGCGGCGUUCCCGCCCCCAGCUCGGAGGAGCCGGAGGAGGACGCGCGACGGGCUCGCGAGGAUGCCCGCUGCAUCUGGGACCGGGCGCUGCCGCUCUGGGAGCUGCUGGACGAGGACGAGACCAGCAAGACCAAGGCCAUGUUUGGUAUCUCCCUGGUGACGGACGCCACCCUGAAACGCUUCGGAGUGAGUUACCUGAGGGCUGCCAAGUCCCUAGUCUUCCCCUGGUUCAGCCCCCGCGAUGCGACCCUGAAGGGCCUGAAGCUCUUGAGGGUGGAGAAGAAGGGGGAUGCGAUCGCUUACGUGGAAGAGACUUUACCCCGCUUCGAUUCCUAUCGCAAUCUCUUUGGGCUGCCCCUGGUCGGCCGCCGAGACACAGAGCUGGUCUUAACUGGGUGGGAGCUGGACGCCCUGGCCCUGCACCAAGCUACAGGGGUGGCCAGCCUGGCCCUGCCGCGGGGGGCCACCUGCCUGCCCCCCGUCCUCCUCCCCUACCUGGAGCAGUUCAAGCGCAUCACGCUGUGGCUGGGCGAGGACCUGCGCUCCUGGGAAGCCGCCAAGCUCUUUGCCCGCAAGCUGAGCCUCAAGCGCUGCUCCCUGGUGCGCCCCGGCGACCUGCAGCCCCGGCCCUUGGAGGCUCUGAACCAGGGCCUGAACCUCACCAAUGCAGCCCUGCCCGCCAGCCACAAAUCCAUCGUCUCCUUCCGGCAGCUGCGUGAGGAGGUGUUCGGGGAGCUGGUCAACACCGAGCAGGUGGCCGGCGUCAAGUGGGCGCGCUUCCCCGAGCUCAACAAGCUCCUCAAAGGGCACCGCAGAGGGGAGCUCACCGUCUUCACAGGCCCGACGGGCAGCGGGAAGACGACCUUUAUCAGCGAGUACGCGCUGGACCUGUGCAUGCAGGGGGUGUGCACGCUGUGGGGCAGCUUCGAGAUCAACAACGUCCGCCUGGCCAAGAUCAUGUUGACGCAGUUUGCCGCCCAGCGCUUGGAGGACCAGCUGGAGCUGUACGACGAGUGGGCUGACCGCUUCGAGGACCUCCCGCUCUACUUCAUGACCUUCCACGGCCAGCAGAACAUCAAGACGGUAAUUGACACCAUGCAGCAUGCCGUCUACAUGUAUGACAUCACCCAUGUGGUCGUCGACAACCUCCAGUUCAUGAUGGGACACGAGCACCUCUCUGUGGACAGGCUCGCCGCCCAGGACUACAUUGUUGGUGCCUUCCGCAAGUUCGCCACGGACAACACCUGCCACAUCACGCUGGUCAUCCAUCCCCGCAAGGAGGAUGACGAGAAGGAGCUGCAGACGGCCUCCAUCUUCGGCUCCGCCAAGGCCAGCCAGGAGGCCGACAACGUCCUCAUCCUGCAGGACCGUAAGCUGGUGACAGGGCCAGGGAAGCGCUACCUGCAGGUGUCCAAGAACCGCUUCGACGGGGACGUGGGUGUCUUCCCCCUGGAGUUCAGCAAGGCCUCGCUCACCUUCUCAUCCUCUGGCAAAAGCAAGGUCAGGCUGAAGAAGAUGAAGGAGGAGAAGGCGCUUUUAGCCAAGAAAGCUCCAGAGGGAAGCUCAGGAUCCUCCAAGAAGCCGUGAGCCUCGCAGGUCUCUUCUUUUGUCCGUCAGGAGGGACAGGGACUGGUGCUGGGAGCAGGGGGCUGGGGUACACCAGCCCCUCUCCCCUGGGAGCAGCAGCCACGCGCCACUGUGGCCCUUUCUCCUCCCGCAAGAACAACCCUCUUGGUCGCCAGCACGGUGUCUCUGAGACGUGGGGCCACCGUGAGAGGA